CACACUCUGUACCACCAUCAUUUAGACAUCUCCGUCAGCAAGAUGGAGUAUCAAUUAUGGCCAACCCACACGUCGACGCUGGCUCUGUCAACAGCGCUAUACCUGGCGGCCCCUCGUUGACCGUCCAGAUGCACACUCCAGUUCCAUCCCUCACUUCCGAAGUGGGUAAUUGGAGUAUAUACUCGCCAAAUUCGCCUAAUGUUUUUGACUUUUCUACGCCAGCUGCCAUAGGCGGUGAGAAUCCGACUAUUGCAGGAUCCGAAACAGUUUCUACCUUCGACAAUAUCUUUGGACUAGAUUUGGUUAGUAGCCAUGACAUGGUAACUGUCGACCCCGUCCUGGCGUGCGAUCCUCUUUCAUCAGCAUCGGAGACGCAAGGGAAAAGCACCGAAGGAAAAGAUUGUGACCGUACACCCCUGUGUUCCCCACCUUUACCUUGGAUACGGCGCUGGUACACCGCAGACCUAGCCGCUGAUCAUACUGUCAGAAUUUCCGAAGCAAAAGCCUUGUCGAUACCCUCGAACACUCUCACCGAGUGUAUCCUGGAACAUUAUAUGCAGACAUGGAGAGACCCACAUACUAGAGGGGCUUCAUCUGAUAGAAUGUACUCGAUAUAG